GGCCUCGCUCGGACAAGGCUUCUCACACAGUAGGCUCUCGACAAAAGCGUGUGAACAAACAGGAUAUGCAGGGCUAAAGAGGCGACCCCGGACCAGGCUGGAGGCAGCGCACAUCACAGGUAUCUGCGCUCGCCGGGUUCUCUGUUCUCAGGGUCGUGCCUAAAAGAUCAGCGGUGCCACUGAGCGGACACAGUCCCAACGCUGUUCAAGGAGCAGGCUGGGUCCCUCCUCCUGAGGGGCGCGGGCUAGGGGGUGAGAAACCCGAGCGACUCACUUCCAAAACUGAACAGAAAUCUCCCUGCUCCAGGCCUUCAGAGGUUCGUCGUCAGGAAAUCCUAACCCCUUCCCCCUCUUCUUGGCCCUCCUUCCGGCCCCUAGGAACCCGGGCGCCGUUUUCCAGAAGCAGCCUGGCCGGAGGCGGUCGCGGAGCGGGGCGGUGCGCGUGGGUGGGGGCUGGGCAGGGCCGGGGGAGGGGAGUGCAAGAACUUUGAGACUCAGCCUCGGGGGCCUGCGGUGACAUUCCUGGCAACGCCGCCAGCAGGCCCGCCUCUGGCGCCCGGACCGGGGGAGAGCCGCCGAGAGACGCCGCGGGAAGCAGUAGUGUCGCCGCCCCGAGAGAGACCCCGGGCUGUCCGCUGCGGCCGCGCGGGAACCAGACGGCGGAAGACGUGUCCGCGGGCAUGGGCCUCUUCUCGCUGGAGCCAUUGCUGCCGCAGCUACUCAGCUUCCCGGGCCUGGCCCUCGCCGCGGCCCUGUUGCUCGUGGUCCUGUGCCUGCGCGCCGGGCGCACCAGGAGACCUGGUGAGCCUCCACUGGUGAAAGGCUGGCUUCCUUACCUUGGAGAGGCCCUGAAAUUACAAAAGGAUCCUUUAGGUUUCAUGAAAACUCUUCAAAAGCAACAUGGUGACACUUUCACUGUUCUCCUUGGAGGAAAGUAUAUAACAUUUAUCCUGGACCCUUUUCAGUACCAGUCAGUAAUGAAAAGCCACAAAUUAAGCUUUCGGAUAUUCACUAAUAAACUAUUAAGGAAAGCAUUUUGCAUCGAGAAGUUGGCAGCCAAUGACGACCUGAACGAUGACCUUCAUGGCUGCUAUCAUCUUCUACGAGGGACGUCUUUGGAUACACUCACAGAAAACAUGAUGCAGAAUUUAAAACAAGUUUUUGAACUCCAGCUAUUAAAAACCACCAAUUGGGACACAGCAAACCUGUUGACAUUCUGCAGCUCAGUAAUAUUUGAGGUCACGUUCACAACCAUAUAUGGAAAAUCUCUUGCUGGCAAUCGGAAAAAAUUUAUUACUGAGCUAAGAGAUGAUUUCUUGAAAUUCGAUGACAAAUUCCCAUAUUUAAUAUCAGACAUACCCGUAGAGCUUCUAGGAAAUGUCAAGUCUAUUAGAAAGAAACUUAUAACAUGCUUGACAUCAGAACACUUAGCUAAGACACAAGAAUGGUCAGAAGUUGUUCAAAUGAGGCAAGAUAUCCUGGAGAAAUACUAUACGCUUGAGGACUUUGAAAUAGGAGCACAUCAUUUAGGCUUUCUCUGGGCUUCUGUGACAAACACUAUUCCAACUAUGUUCUGGGCGAUGUAUUACCUCCUACGGCACCCAGAAGCUAUGGCAGUGCUACGUGACGAAAUUGACCAUUUGCUGCAGUCAACAGGUCAAAAGAAAGGGUCUGGAUUUCCCAUCCACCUCACCAGAGAACAAUUGGACAGCCUGGUCUACCUAGAAAGCACCGUUCUCGAGGUUUUACGACUAUGCUCAUUUUCAAGCAUCAUUCGUUUUGUUCAAGAGGAUUUGACUCUGCAAUCAGAGACGCAGGACUACUGUUUGCGAAAGGGGGACUUGGUAGCCAUCUUUCCUCCAGCCAUACAUCAUGACCCGGAAAUCUUCGAAGCUCCAGAGGAGUUUAGAUUUGAUCGUUUUGUAGAAGAUGGUAAGAAGAAAACCGCCUUUUUCAAAAAUGGGAAAAAGCUGAAGUAUUACCUACUGCCAUUUGGAUUUGGAGCCAGCAAAUGUCCAGGCCGAUUUUUGGCAAUUGUUGAAGUAAAGCAAUUAUUGGUUGUACUUUUAACUUAUUUUGAUUUAGAAAUAAUUGAUGGUAAACCUAUGGAAGCAAACUACAGUCGCCUUUUGUUUGGUAUUCAGCAUCCAGCUUCUGAUGUUUUAUUUAAGUACAGAGUAAAAUCUUAGAGAAGCAAAAAAGAAAGAGAAGAAAUCUAUCUGAACUAACCUAAAUGUCCUCGGCUCGUCUAUUUGUUUUGAAUUUCUGCAAAUAUAAUCGCUUUGUUUGUUUAAAAAGUGCCAAUUUAUAUUUGAUCUGUGAUCAAUCCAGUUCGUACUUGGUCACAAAACCCAUCAUAAACUAAAAUAGGAUGUCGACAUGAAAAUAGACAUCAAAAUCAGCAUAAUGCUAAACUCAAAAUAGCAUUUUUAUGUUUUUCUACAUAUUGUGAUUUUUGCUCAUCAUGGUAAAUGUACCACAAUAAAUUUGGCACUGUGGGAUUUUUUAAGUCACUCAGAUUCUUUUCUAAUAUGUAAAAUCACAGUUUAUGUACUAGUGGAAAUUUGUGCUGGAAAUGGACACAAUCUAACAAAUUCAAAAUUCUCAGAGAAGAAGGAAAUUAAAUUUUCAUGAGAUAAACUGGAUGAAAAUGUUCCCUUCAAGUGUAAUAUCAAUAAUGUCUAUAUCGCCUGGGUACGUUUGCCUUAAAUGAGUUUUGCAGUAGAUUAAAUGCUCCAACUUCACUUCAAUAUUUAAUCAUCCAUAAAUGUUCUUUAUUACUAUGUAUACUCUUGUAUACUAUGGCUCAAUGCAACAAAAUUUCUUGUCAUGUAAGACCACUCAUGUUAAGUUAGAUGCUGAGAAGAUUUAGUGUAUAAGAACACACAAAGCUGGGGCACCUGAGUGGCGCAGUCGUGAAGCGUCUGCCUUCGACUCAGGGCGUGAUCCCAGAGUUAUAGGAUCGAGCCCCACAUCAGGCUCCUCCGCUAUGAGCCUGCUUCUUCCUCUCCCACUCCCCCUGCUUGUGUUCCCUCUCUCACUGGCUGUCUCUCUCUAUCAAAUAAAUAAAUAAAAUCUUUAUUAAAAAAAAAAGAACACACAAAACCUAUUAUAUAUAUUCAGCAUUUUCCCAAGACGCUAGUAUUAGGUUUGUUGUUAAGAGCAAAUGUUAAAAUCAUGACAGGAUUUAUGGUAGGAUUUGGUUUUAGUGUAAACUCUGAGGGUUACACCAGUAUUACAGUGAACUCUUUCCUAAAUUCUUCCAUUUAUGUAAACUGAGAAACCAGAUCGCGGUAUUUGUUCUUGACACGUCUCCUUUUGGACUUGGAGUUUAUGUGUAUUCUUUUGAGUUACACCAUUAUGUAAUGCAAUAUAAUUUUUUAUGCCACAGUGCAGCAUUGUGUCCGUGAUUCAAAGUUUUCUAAUUUCAGCUUACCUGGUGAUUAUUUGGCAUCUGACCUAAAGGAUGCUACUGUAUUUAAAUAGGAAAAGCAGGUAAUAAAAUUCACUUAAUUUGUGUUGUGUGGACUGGAACGUCUAUGAUUUUAGCAUUGUGCUAUUAUUUUUAAAAAGGAAAUUUAUUUUUAAAGUAAUAUUAUAAAAUACUUACAAUAAUAAUAAACAGGUGUUCUAGCAUUUAUAGUCUCCUUCUUGAAGUACAGGCUCUAAACAUUUCUUCAUGAGGCUCUGCCGCCUUAACUAUUUUUGGUUGGUUGGAGAUGUCUUUUUUUUGCCCUUGUUCUUGAAAGAUGAUUUUGCUGUGCGCACAAAUCUAUUUCCUCCCAGCACUCUGAAGGGACUUCAUGUUCUUACGGCUUCCACUGUUGCUGUCAAGAGGUUAGCCAUUAGUUUAACUCUUCAGAGGGCAGUCUGCCUCUUCUCUCUGAUAGCGCCAACGUGUUCUUUUUGUCUUUGAUGUUCUUAGUCUCUGUUUAUCACACUUGCAUUUCACCAUGCUUCUUGAGUCUGAGAAUGUGUGUAUUUCAUCGGGUAGGAAAUAUUCUUAGCCAGAACCUCGGAGUAAUACCUCUCCCAGACUAUUAGAUCCUCUCACUCUCCACCCCAUGUUGUUGGACCUUUCCUUCCCAUAUUUUCUACCUCUAUUUUACAUUCUAGGUAAUUUGUUUAGAUCUCAUUGUCAGUUUAGUCUCUAUACCAUGACCUGCUCUCUAUCUCUUGUUUCUUUCUUUUUAUUUAACUUCAUAGGAUUGAGUAAUCAUACUCCUUAUGCUUUUUAGUUCAUUGUACACGAUUAUGAUUUGUCCAAGCAAGGCCCCUCUGGCUUUAUCUACUUAUUCUAUCUUAUCCCUAAUCUUCACCAUUAUACUCCUCCCCAUCAUAGGCAAACAUUCUAAUGUGUUUGAUAUUUAUCUUUUUAUAAGUAUAUAUUUUUAUAAAACAUAUUACCUAUGUGCAUGUUAAUUUGCAUAAACUUAUUUUCUAUAUAUGAGAUCCUUUUUAAUUUUCUUAUUAAGCUCUAUGUUUUAAAAGAUAUAUACAUAUUACUUUAUAUAUAUACACACACAUAUAUACAUAUAUAUUUAAUCUGUUGUUUCUAACUGCUAUACCAUAACAUGAACCCACCAUGUUUUAAUGAUAUCUUCACCCCAUAAUGGAAAUUGUAUCCAUUGGAUACUUAAUUAGGGGGAGAAGCCCAAGCAAGAACUACAGUCUCCUCCCCUACCUAUCCUCCCACUGCCGUGUCCACCAUCCUCUACCCUGAGCUGCCACAAACAAUGUCCUCAACCCCUAUAGUGUGCACACAUGUGCGUACACACACACACACACACACACGCACGCGGUCUAUGACUGCCUUCACUCCCCCUGAGAUGUUCUAGAUUUGUUAUGUUCUAUCCUCAGGUCCUUAUGACCCUCUCCUUUCUGUGGGUUGAUUUUGAGCCAGGAUGCCAAGUGCCAACUUGUCAGCUUUCGGUGUUUCUGAUCCCACUGAAUUUGCUAAGUUCAGUGAUUACAUUUUCAGUUUGAGAACUCUCCUUUGUUCUUCAUAUCUGCUUGGUCAUUUUUUUUAAGAUUUUAUUUAUUUAUUUGAGAGAGAGGGUGAGAGAGAGAGAGAGCACAAGCAGCGAGGAGAGGGAGAAGCAGGCUCCCAGCAGAUCCAGGAGCCUGACAUGGGGCUU